UUCCAAGCUUCCAAAAUGCACGAUUAUAUAACACAGAUAGAAUGCCAGUGAAUCCACGACCCAAAGAUAGUUGCUUUGUGAUCAAGAUGGGUAAAAAAGAGAAGGUGUUUUUUGCCGAAUCAAAGCAAGCUAAAGAGGAAUGGGUGUCUUCUAUUUGUCUAUUAAAAAAGUAGAUUUGUUUCAUUAGUAAAAAAAGUUAAUAUAUAAAAAUAAAAAAAAUUGUUUAUAGAUGUAUCUUUUUCUCUCUCUUUAUUUCCAUAAAAAGAUGUUUCAAUACCAUCAAUCGUAUCAAUCGUAUCAGUACACAUUUUACCUUGGUUUUACACAACGAAGAACAGGGCGUGUCAAAUUCUUUAAUUUAAAGAAAGGAUACGGUUUCAUCAUUCCCGAUAGUAACGGAUCAGCGGAUGAAGUAUUUGUUCAUCAAUCAUCGAUUAUGAGUUCAAAUAAGGGAUUUCUCGUUGGAUUAAACAAGGGCGAACCAGUAGAAUAUGAAGUACAAUACGGACCAAAAGGUAUUUAUGCGUUACAUGUGACAGGACCUAAAGGACGACCUAUAGAAUAUAAUCCAUAUCAACAGUUACUCUAUCAACAACAACAACGGGCAGCCGAAUUAGGCGUGACUUAUCCUUAUGUGACUUAUGUUAUUCCUUCUCUUUCAUACCAUUAAACAAGGUUUCUGUGCUAAAAAUCUCUACCGGAUGUGGCGGUGGAAAAUAUGGUUGUGCUGGUAUAUUUCGAUUUCCCUG